AUGAUCAACUGUUAUUUAUUCAUAUUCCUAUAUAUCUCAUCAGCAUUCAUUAAUGCUUGGUCUCCAACUGAUUCAUACGCACCAGGUAACGUUACUUGUCCAUCUGGUCUAGAACUACUCCGACCAGCAGAUGGAUUAUCAGAACAAGAAGCCGAAUGGGUUGAACAACGAAACAAAGUCACUGAUGAAAAUUUGCUCCAAUUCUUAGAACAUGCAAAUAUGACCGAUUUCGAUGCAGAAGAUUUCCUCAAUUCCUUAAAUAGAUCGAUUAAUAUUGGGGUUGCAUUUUCUGGUGGUGGAUAUCGUGCUAUGCUUAGUGGGGCUGGACAACUUGCGGCCUUAGAUAAUAGAACCGAAGGUGCCUGGGAACAUGGUCUUGGUGGUUUAUUGCAAGCUUCUACUUAUAUGGUUGGAUUAUCGGGAGGGAAUUGGAUGAUUGGUACUAUUGCCAUGAAUAAUUUCACUUCGGUAGAUACUAUUCUUAAAGAAGGAAAGAUUUGGGAUUUGGAAGAUUCAAUUAUAAAUCCUGCUGGUUGGAAGAUUUGGAAUACUGUAAGUUAUUAUAAAGAACUCAAUGAUGAUAUUGAUGACAAGAGAGAUGCCGGAUAUGAAGUAUCAUUGACUGAUGCUUGGGGAAGAGCAUUAUCUCAUCAAUUCUUUGCAGAAUUAGAAGAUUAUGGUGCUGCGUUGACUUGGUCUACUUUACAAAGUGCUGAUGUGUUUACUAAUCAUCAAAUGCCAUUCCCAAUUGUUGUGGCAGAUGGUAGAGAACCAGGCACGCUUAUCAUCAGUAGUAAUUCCACUAUUUUUGAAUUUAAUCCAUUUGAAAUGGGUUCUUGGGAUCCUUCCAUUUAUCAAUUUACAAAUAUUAAAUAUCUUGGUACAAAAGUAAAAGAUGGUGAAAUAGAAGGAGACUGUGUUGAAGGAUUCGAUAAUGCUGGUUUUAUUAUGGGAACGUCUUCCACUUUAUUCAAUCAAUUUUUAUUACAAAUUAAUACCACUUCCCUUUCAUCCACCGUCGUAUCAUUAAUUACGUCAUUUUUAACAAAAGUAUCAAAUGCAGAAGAUGAUAUUGCAAUAUAUAAACCAAAUCCAUUUUUUGAUACCACGAUAGGAACUUCUGCCAAUGCUGCCAAUAAUAACACCUUGUUUUUAGUCGAUGGAGGUGAAGAUCUUCAAAAUAUCCCAUUGGCACCAUUAUUACAACCUGAAAGAAACGUUGAUGUCAUUUUCGCCUUUGAUAAUUCUGCAGAUACUGAAUAUUCCUGGCCAAAUGGGACUUCAAUGGUUGCCACUUUCCAAAGACAAUUUAAUUUCCAAGGUCAAAACGCCAGCAUGUUCCCUUAUGUUCCAGAUUAUAAUUCAUUCAUUAAUAUGAAUUUAACUUCAAAACCAGCAUUUUUCGGAUGUGAUGCACAGAAUUUAUCAAGCAUACAAGAUACAACCAACAAUCCAACCUCGGUGUUUGAUUCUCCUUUGAUUGUAUAUACCGCGAAUAGACCAUUUUCAUUCUGGUCAAAUACUUCCACUUUCAAGAUGUCAUAUGAGGAUAGUGAACGUAAUGGAAUGAUUCAGAAUGGGUUUGAAGUCGCGUCCCGUUUCAAUGGGACUUUAGAUCCAGAAUGGAAUGCAUGUGUGGGUUGUGCAAUCAUUAGAAGACAACAGGAACGAAAUGGAAUAGAUCAAUCUGAUCAAUGUCAACAAUGUUUUGAAAGAUAUUGCUGGAAUGGUGACCUUGCUUCGGGGGAUGUGGCGGUGAAUUUUACUGACAAUGGAACUACUAAUGCUACUGGGAUGAAGGUGAAUGCGGGUAUGAUUGUCACGUAUCCAAUUUGGUCUUUCGCACUUGGCGCAUUGUUGAUUUGUUUAUUAGGUUGA